AUGAUCCUGUGCUCCGUUUUGCAGCCAGUGUGGCACUGCGUGUGCUGCGGAGGCACGGUCGACAAGCUGUUGCCGGAGUCGUUCUUCACCAUGCAGGCGUCCACCAUCCAUGAUGAAGGAUCGCUCGAUCUGUCAGCAGCCUCCGUCGCACUCUGCCCCUUCUGCGGCAUCCUGCUGCAGAGGUCCAUGCCAGCGUUCCUGCUCUCCACCUCGCCGGCUUAG